AUGGCAGCAAUAGGAAGUUUGAGAGGAGGUGGAGGAGGGUUCAAUUUUGCUCCACCCGACAUAAAUGGAGUUGAAGAAGAGGAGGAGGAUUCACCUGCAAUUUUACUGAGUGUUUUAGCCCAGCAUGGACAGAUAGGCCUCUGCUUCUUUGACAGUAAGGACUCCUCUUUAAACUACAUGAGAGACACUCCUGACAACCACGAGCUCCACCUGCUGGCCAGAGUCAUCCAGGAGGUUAGUCCUCAUGUAAUAAUUACCAGUGCAAAGCAGGAGCGCUGCAUGACACGUUUCUUGCAACAACUUGGUUCAAACCCGGACUACAAACCAGAGGUGGUUACGUAUCCAUAUGUUGAUUUUGGUCUGGAGGUUGGAAAGCAGAGACUACUUUCUGCCCAUCUGCCUUUCCUUCCUGCCUCUACUUCAGAGAGAGACAAAAUGUCUUACCUCUCAUCUGUUAUCUCCUUUGACUCUCCCCUGAUGCUGAGGGCAGUGGGCGCUCUGUUGAAAUGUCUGGACAGGAGGAGAGUGGGAGUGGAGCUGGAAGACAUCAGUGUUGGAGUUCCUAUCCUGCAGUUCAACGCCUACACGCUCAAAGGGGUUGUUUGCAUUGACCGAGACACCUACAGUGUACUGCAGAUCUUCAAAUCAGAGCUUCACCCUUCGGUGUACAAGCUGCAUUCAGGUGAAAAGGAAGGACUCAGUCUCUAUGGGAUUCUGAACCGCUGCAGGUGCAAAUUUGGCUCCAAACUGCUACGCCAGUGGUUUCUGCGGCCAACACAGGACCUGGCUGUGUUAAACAGGAGACAGGAAGUGAUUAGUUUCUUCACGUCACCUCGGAACUCGGACACCCUGAACACCCUUCAGUCUUCGCUACGCAACAUCAGAAACAUACCAACUCUCCUGCGCAGGAUGUCUCUUUCUCACACCAAAGUGACCGACUGGCAGAGUCUCUACAAGACUGUGUACAACGCAGUGUGUAUCAGGGACACGGUGCGACACCUGCCUCAGUCCAUUCAUCUUUUUCGGGACAUCAGUGAAGGGUUGUCUGACGACCUCCACCAUAUUGCCUCCCUCAUCAGCCGAGUUGUGGAUUUUGAAACCAGCUUAGCUGAGAACCGCUUCACUAUCAAACCAGACGUGGACCCAGCGAUUGAUGAGAAGAAGAGGAGGAUGAUGGGAUUGUCCGACUUCCUGACAGAUGUGGCCAGAAGAGAGUUGGAACACCUGGACGCUCGCAUUCCCUCCUGCUGCGUCAUCUACAUCCCUCUGAUUGGAUUCCUGCUGUCUGUCCCUCGCCUGCCCAGCAUGGUGGAGAAGGAGGAUUUUGAGAUAGAGGGGCUUGAUUUUAUGUUCCUGUCAGAGGACCGUCUGCACUACCGCAGUCAGAGAACCAAGGAGCUAGACGACCUCCUAGGAGACUUGCACUGUGACAUUAGAGACAUGGAGACGGCCGUAAUGACGCAGUUGCAGAACGCAGUCCUCGAGAGGAGCGCCUCCCUUUACAAGGUUCUGGAUCUCACUGCUGAGCUGGACUGUCUGAUGGCCUUGAGCAGCGCCUCCCAGGAGUACGGCUACACCUCCCCCAAACUAUCCAGCCACAGGAAGAUGUCCAUCACACAGGGCAGACACCCGCUGUUAGAGCUGUGCUCCCCUGUGUUUGUGGCCAACUCCUUCCAGAGCUCAGAGACACAGAGCAGAGUGAAGAUCAUCACAGGCCCAAACUCAUCGGGCAAGAGCAUCUACCUCAAACAGGUUGGUCUUAUUGUGUUCAUGGCUCUGAUUGGCUCAGACGUGCCCGCGAGGGAGGCGGAGGUCGGUCUGGUGGAUGGGAUCUUUACCCGCAUGCAGAGCAGAGAGUCUGUGUCCGUUGGCCUCAGCACCUUCAUGAUAGACCUUAACCAGAUGGCCCAAGCAAUCAACAGCGGUACUGGCAACUCAUUAGUUCUCAUCGAUGAGUUUGGAAAAGGAACUAACACAGUGGAUGGACUGUCCUUGCUGGCUGCAUCGAUCUCUCAUUGGCUGAGGAAACCUCAGGGGGAAGUUCCUCAUGUCCUGUUGGCUACUAACUUCCACAGUUUGCUGCAGCUGGGCCUGCUUCCCUCCUCUGGCCUGCUCUCCCUUCUGACUCUAGAGACAGCAGUGGACGGGGAUGAGUUGGUAUUUCUGUACCAACUCAAGGAGGGAAUCUGCCAGUCCAGCUAUGCUGCCAACAUCGCUAAACUGGCAGGCCUGCCAGCCAGUCUCGUGCAGAGAGGGGUGGAGGUUUCUGAACUGUACAGGACAGGAAGAGUCAUCAAACGCAUUGACAAAGCAUCAUCUGAUGAGCAGGCUAGCAGGUGCAGGACUGUGGUGGAGGCGUUCCUGAGCCUGGACCUGGAGGACAGAGAUUUGGACCUUCAGCGCUUCAUGAAGGAGGAGCUGCUGCCCUCUGCUGGGGAGCUGCUGAACCGCAGCUGAGCGGCUCUGCUGCAGCACGUUCCUACAGCUCUGGUCAGUUUGUUUUGCUCACCCUCUAAUGUUUCCAGCUGUAGAGGGUAGGGUUUUACUGACGCUCCGCUUGUAUCUAAAUACAUGAAAAGACUUUAUGAAAGUAUGAUUGAAACAUUUAUUGUGUGUUGCAAAGGUUAAAGCUGCAGCAAAUGUGUCAGUGGAAAUGCCCUGAUGCAAACAGAUGUU